AUGCCGACACCCAGCAACCGCCAAGGCAACGCGGCGCUCUGGGAGCUGUGGCCACCCUCCCACAGGGGGAUGCUGGACUCCUCAGUGGCAGAUGCGAUGACCCGACUGACCCUGAAACUCUUGGAGAAGAAACUGGAGCAAGAGUGUGACGAUGUGGAAGGGAAUUCUGAAGACCCCCACCUCAUACCAGGAAACAAGGACAGGCUGGAUGCAGCCCUGCUGGGUGCUCUGAGGAGGAGGCAAGACCUUCUGCAGAGACUCUGGGAACAGCAUGUCCUAGAGGAGGGCUCCCAGGCCCGAGCACGGAGCAGCGUGAACAGAGGAGAAGCCCGUGGGCCAGCGCUGCCCCCAGAGGUGCCCCCCAUGGGUAUCUACCCUGCCACCUCCCUGCCCCCGCCAGCCCUGGAGCCACCACGGAUUAUCCAACACUCAGCCCCCCAGCCUCCUGCCACCAUCAUUCAACAGCUACCUCAGCAGCCCCUCAUCACACAGAUUCCCCCUCUCCAGGCCUUCCCCACUCAAAGAGCAGGAAGUAUUAAGGAAGACAUGGUGGAGAUGAUGCUGAUGCAGAACGCACAGAUGCACCAGAUCAUCAUGCAAAACCUGAUGCUCAAAGCCCUGCCCUCGCCAGCGUUUUUGCCCUCCGGGGGAUCACAGGCCGCCCCCCUGUACGCCACUGCUCAGGUAGGCUCAGCUGGGGACAGGCACGGAGGUAAAGGAGGCCACCCAAAUCAAAACCAGAGGACCUGGGUGGCUUUUCUUCUGAACCAGAGGCAGAAGCGGCCCUCCGUGCAUCACCACCACCACUACGCGCCCCCAGGUCCCCUGCAGGCCAUCCCAGCACCUGGCUCCCUGGCUGGUUACUGCACGUGGCCCACGGUGGUCUCGGCCACCGCCCUCCCACCUGCCUCCAGCUUCCUGCCAGCCCUGCACCACUUGGCUGGCCCCUCAUCAGCAGCCCUUAGCCCGUAA